AUGCGGUGGAGGGGUACGGCGCUGCCACGGUGCCUCGUCGGAAUCAGAUGGCUUGUGCUUCUCCUGCUCUCCACCAUGGGGGCGACGCGCGCACACGACAGCGAUGAGAGAGCUCUCCAAGCUUUCAAGGAAAGGAUUUCAGACCAUUCCGGGGCGCUGGCCUCCUGGAACCGGAGCAUCAGCUACUGCACCUGGGAGGGCGUCACGUGCAGCCGGCGGCACGGGUCGAGGGUGGUCGCUCUGGACCUCAACUCCCAGGGGCUCGCCGGCACCAUCUCCCCCUCCAUCGGCAACCUCACUUUCCUCCGGAGGCUCAACUUGAGCCUGAAUCCCUUGCACGGCAAGAUUCCUCCCAGCAUCGGCUCCCUCCGCCGCCUCAAGUACCUUGGACUGCGAGGGAACAUGCUCACUGGUGCGAUCCCAAGCAACAUUAGCCGCUGCACCAACCUCAGGGUGAUGAUAAUUGCUGACAACAAGGGGUUGCAAGGAAGCAUACCUUCUGAGAUCGGCAACAUGAUGCAAUCGCUGCGUGUUGUACACCUAUACAACAACAGCCUCACUGGGACCAUCCCCUCAUCACUUGGGAACCUCUCACAGGUGACCAUCUUGUCCCUGGCAGCGAACCAUCUCGAGGGAUCAAUCCCCGAGGGCAUCGGGAACAAUGCACAUCUCAAGUUCCUUCAGCUGGCCAUGAAUAACUUCUCAGGUUUGCUUCCUCUUUCGCUGUACAAUCAGUCAUCUCUGUACAUGUUUUUUGUGACGGACAACUACCUGCACGGCCGUCUACCAGCUGAUCUGGGAAGAAGCCUUCCUAGCUUACAACAGUUUGGAUUUGGGAAUAACCGAUUCACUGGAGUUGUGCCUCCAUCACUGACUAAUAUCUCCAGACUCGAGCUUUUUGAUGUUGCAAAUAACGGAUUCAGUGGGGUUGUCCCUUCAGACUUGGGAAAUUUGCAGUAUCUUAGAUGGUUUAAUCUGGUUGGAAACAAGUUUGAGGCAAACAAUGAACAAGAAUGGCGCUUCUUUACUUCUUUGACAAACUGUAGCAGGUUGCAGCUGUUAAAUAUAGAACAAAACAGGUUCUCGGGGCAAUUACCAACCUCAUUGUCUAACUUGUCCACAAACAUCCGAGAGCUAGAUAUUUUUAACAACAAUAUAUCUGGUACUAUUCCAUCGGAUAUUGGAAAUUUGAUAGGUCUUGAGGUGCUUAUUCUUGCUGGCAACUUGCUCACUGGGGCCAUUCCUGAGACCAUAGGGAAGCUUAUACGAUUGAAGAAGCUACAUCUGAGUUCCAACAACUUAUCAGGAUUCAUCCCCUCUUCCAUCGGAAACCUCACUGGUCUUUAUAGGCUUGGUGCAAGCUUCAACAGCUUGGAGGGACCGAUUCCAUCAAGCAUUGGAAAUUUGACCAAACUUUCAUCAUUAGAUAUAUCGACGAACCAUCUUUCUGGCUCAAUUCCAAAGGAAAUUACGCAACUAUCAUCCAUCUCAAUUUAUUUGGCCUUGUCUUACAACUUGCUGGAGGGACCUCUACCUUCAGAAAUUGGCAAUUUGGUAAAUCUCGAACAGCUUAUUCUAUCAGGGAACCAGUUGUCUGGUAAAAUACCUGCAACCAUUGGUGGCUGCGUAGUCCUGGAAACCCUCUUGAUGGAUGGCAAUUCAUUCCAAGGAAACAUCCCGCCCAGUUUGAAGAACAUCAAAGGGCUUACUGUACUGAAUUUGACAAACAACAAACUGAACGGCAGCAUCCCAGGGGAACUGAGCAAUAUUACCAGCUUGCAGGAACUGUAUCUUGCACAUAAUGAUCUGUCAGGAUCAAUCCCUGAACUCCUAGGUUAUUCGACAUCGCUGCUCCACCUCGACAUAUCAUUCAACAAUUUACAAGGUGAGGUACCGAAAGAAGGGAUUUUCAGGAAUUCAACUGGACUAUCAGUUAUUGGCAACAAUGAGUUAUGUGGUGGAAUACCACAGCUUCAGCUGCCAAAAUGCCCAAGCUCCAAGAAAGGCUUGCCGAAGUCCAUGAGAAUAGUUGUCCCUACAGCAGUUGGUACCCUCGUCUUACUUGUAGCUCUUGCUUUAGCUGGAUUUCUGUACAGAAAAUUUAAGUCAGGAUUGAGGAAAGAACAACUGUCACCUCAGAAGAUCAUGAUUGACCUUCCAAUGGUUUCAUACAACGACAUACUCAAAGCAACGGAUGGGUUUUCAGAAGCCAAUCUGCUUGGGAAGGGAAGAUAUGGUACUGUAUACAAAGGCACUAUAGAAAAUUUUGCUGCAGCUGUGAAGGUGUUUAAUCUGCAGCAAUCUGGAUCCUACAAGAGCUUCCUGGAUGAAUGUGAGGCACUAAGAAGAGUUAGGCACCGUUGCCUUGUAAAGAUAAUCACAUGUUGUUCAAGCAUCAACCACCAAGGCCAAGACUUCAGAGCGCUAGUCUUCGAGCUCAUGCCCAAUUUCAGCUUAGACCGCUGGAUCCACCCAGAUAUUGAAAGCCAAAACAGAAUGGGAACACUCAGCUUGUCACAGAGGUUAAAUAUCGCCGUUGACCUCGUGGAUGCUAUAGACUAUCUUCACAAUGGUUGCCAGCCUUCCAUCAUCCAUUGCGAUGUCAAGCCAAGCAACAUUCUUCUCACAGAGGGCAUGAGGGCUCGUGUUGGGGAUUUUGGCAUUGCUAGAAUUCUAAAAGAGGCUGCAAGCGAAGCUUCUGCAAGUUCCCUUAGCUCCAUGGGAAUAAGAGGAUCCAUCGGAUAUGUUGCUCCAGAAUAUGGAGAAGGGCUUCCGGUAUCUACUUAUGGUGAUGUGUACAGCCUUGGGAUCACCUUGAUCGAGAUGUUUACUGGAAGGUGUCCGACAGACGACAUGUUCAGAGAUGGGCUAACCCUGCAACGCUUUGCAGAGGCAGCAGGUCUUCCUGGGAAUGUCAUGGAGAUAGCAGACUCCAACAUCUGGCUGCAUGAUGAAGCAAACAAUAGCGCUGACGCAGAACAUAUAACCAGAGCCAGGGAAUGUUUGGCUGCCAUCAUCCAGCUUGGCAUCCUAUGCUCAAAGCAAUUGCCCACAGAAAGGAUGUCAACAAAUGAUGCUGCUGCAGAGAUGCAUGCUAUCAGAGAUGCCUACAUCAGUAAUCAGAGAUGA